AUGGAAGAAGCUAGUAACAAGCGUGACCGUUCAGAAGACGAAGAUGACGAAGAAGAAGAAGAACGUCCCAAGAAGACCGUCAAAAUUGAAGAAGUAGUCAAGAAGCCCUUUGGUGCUGAAGGAAACACUGUUUGGGUAGGUCAAAUCAGCUUUGAUGCUACCUCUGCUCAAAUCAGUGAGCAUUUCAGUCAAUGUGGUGAAAUCAAGUCUGUCAGACUUCGCACAGACCCUAGCACAGGUCGUUCUCGUGGUUUUGCCCACAUCGAUUUCGCUGAUGCAUCUGGUAAAGCAGAAGCAAUGAAGAUGGAUGGCAGUGAAUUCAUGGGCCGCACCAUCAAGGUUGAUAACGCCUCUGCUGCUGCUCCUCGUGCCAAAGACAACAAUUUUGGCCCCAAGACCAACACAGUUUUCGUAGCUAAUUUGGCUCAUAGCUUAGAUGAAGAUGGUGUCCGUCAAGCAUUUGAAAAGUUCGGUACAAUUGUAGGUGAUGUGCGCUUGCCUUAUAAUAGAGAAACAGGCAAGAUCCGUGGUAUUGGUUAUAUUGAAUUCGAGACUGAAGAUCAAGCCGAAGCUGCUGUCAAGGGCAUGAAUGGUAUCAGUAUUGAAGGUCGUCCUGUUCGUACUGAUUUCAGUGGUUCCAAUGAUGCUGAAAGAAUCAGCAACCGUCCUGCUCGUGGUGGUUUUGGUGGCCGUGGUGGUCGCGGUAACGGUCGCGGUGGUCGUGGCGGCAAUUUUGGUGGUCGUGGUGGCCGUGGCGGUAACUUUGGUGGUCGUGGCGGUAGUCGUGGUCGCGGUAACUUUGGUGGCCGUGGCCGUGGACGUAAUUAA